UCCGGCGGUUGUUUAGCUUGACGUCAGGGUGCAGGCAGUGGGAGGCUGCUGCUGCUGCAGGAUUCAGGGGACAAAACAUGGACAGUCAAGGGAACAAAGUCGUGGUUUGUGACAAUGGAACCGGGUUUGUCAAGUGCGGCUAUGCAGGCUCCAACUUCCCCGAACACAUCUUCCCAGCGCUGGUUGGCCGGCCAAUCAUCCGCUCCAGCGCCAAAGUUGGAAACAUUGAAAUUAAGGACCUGAUGGUGGGGGACGAGGCCAGCGAGCUGCGCUCCAUGCUGGAGGUGAACUACCCGAUGGAGAACGGCAUCGUCAGGAACUGGGACGACAUGAAGCACCUGUGGGACUACACCUUCGGCCCGCAGAAACUCGACAUCGACACGCGCGACUGCAAGAUCCUCCUGACGGAGCCGCCCAUGAACCCCACCAAGAACAGGGAGAAGAUCGUAGAGCCCUCGCCCUCUAAGCCCUCUUCAGCCGUACAGCCGUUACAGAUACUGUCAGCGGAGUGGGAUGGUUAUAAAGUGAUGGUUCGGAGACUGCUGACCGGCGUGGUGGUUGACUCCGGCGACGGCGUCACUCACAUCUGCCCGGUGUACGAAGGUUUCUCACUGCCACACCUGACCCGACGCCUUGACAUCGCAGGGAGGGACAUCACGCGCUACCUCAUCAAGCUGCUGCUGCUGCGAGGCUACGCCUUCAACCAUUCGGCGGACUUCGAGACGGUGAGAAUGAUGAAGGAGAAGCUGUGCUACGUGGGCUACAACAUCGAGCAGGAGCAGAAGCUGGCGCUGGAGACGACGGUGCUGGUCGAGUCGUACACGCUCCCGGACGGCAGGUUGAUCAAGGUGGGAGGGGAGAGGUUCGAAGCCCCCGAGGCUCUGUUCCAACCUCACCUCAUCAACGUGGAGGGAGUCGGGGUGGCCGAGCUGCUCUUCAACACCAUCCAGGCCGCCGAUAUCGACACCAGGUCCGAGUUCUACAAGCACAUCGUCCUGUCCGGAGGCUCCACCAUGUACCCCGGCCUGCCGUCCCGCCUGGAGCGCGAGCUGAAGCAGCUGUACCUGGAGCGGGUGCUCAAGGGAGACGUCGACAAGCUGUCCAAAUUCAAGAUCCGGAUAGAGGACCCCCCCCGGCGUAAGCACAUGGUGUUCCUCGGCGGCGCCGUGCUGGCCGACAUCAUGAAGGACAAGGACAUCUUCUGGAUGACGCGGGACGAGUACCAGGAGAAAGGCACGCGCGUGCUGGAGAGGCUCGGAGUCACCGUCCGAUAAAACACCAACGUGGCAUCGGGACUUUGCGUGAACAUACACGCUACUUUCCUAAAGCCAAAUGGCAGUCCUUCCAGAAAAAGUUUUUUUGGUGAUUGUUGCGGGGCAAAAAUCCUUGAUUAUAUGCGGCACGUUUUCUUAAA